GAUUACUAAAAAAAUAAAACUAAACUAAACCACGCCCCAUUUAUAUAUAAGUCCCGCCUAUUUGAUCUGAUUGGCUGCUCGCUUUAAACAAGUCACAUGAUUGAUAGUUCCACAGAACAGAAGCAGGAAGAACACAAACGGGUCCAGGAUGUCAGCAGCCCUCCUGAGUUUCCUGCUGGCCGCUCCAGCGCUGCUGGUUUCUGGCGGCCCGGUUUACAGCUCUGACAAUGGGACCGUACCUCUGGUGCUGUGGCACGGGAUGGGCGACAGCUGCUGUAACCCGCUCAGCAUGGGGGCAAUAAAGAAGAUGAUCGAGGAGCAGAUCUCUGGCAUCUACGUGCUCUCGCUGAUGAUCGGAAAGAACGUCAUUCAGGACAUGGAAAAUGGGUUUUUCAUGGAUGUGAAUGAGCAGGUGUCCAUGGUGUGCAGCCAGCUGGCUCAGGACCCAAAGUUGAAGGGAGGAUACAAUGCCAUGGGCUUCUCCCAGGGGGCACAGUUCCUGAGAGCUGUGGCUCAGCGCUGUCCCUCUCCACCAAUGAAAACCCUGAUCUCCGUCGGGGGCCAGCACCAAGGUGUGUACGGGCUGCCCAGGUGUCCUGGGGAGAGCUCGGCAAUCUGUGACAUGAUCCGUAAAGCUCUGAAUGAAGGCGCUUACACUGACAUGGUCCAGAAACACCUGGUGCAGGCGCAGUACUGGCACGACCCGUUAAACGACGACCUGUACAAGAAGCACAGCGUCUUCCUGGCCGACAUCAAUCAGGAGCGGGUUGUAAAUGAGACUUACAAGAAGAAUCUGCAGUUGCUGGAGAAGUUUGUCAUGGUCAAGUUCCUGCAGGACUCUGUGGUGGAUCCUGUCGAUUCAGAGUGGUUUGGCUUCCUGAAAACCGGCCAGGCCAAAGAGACCGAGACUCUCCAGGAGAGCGUUCUCUACACAGAGGAUCGUCUGGGCCUGGCAGCGAUGGACAAAGCUGGAAAGCUGUUUUUUCUGGCAUCGCCUGGAGACCACCUGCAGUUCUCCAGAGAGUGGUUUGAUGCAAACCUGCUGCCUCUUUUACACUAGAACACUUCCAGUCAGUCAACUCAGAGUUAAUAUAAUAUCAGACUGCAACAACUACUUAGUUUAAAGAGCAAUAUAAUGCAAGAAAGAGGGAUAGUUUGGAGGUAUUGAAGUGUUGUUGUUCACUGUUACUUGCAGUAGAUGGCCGGUCUGCACGCUCCCAGUUUGAAGAGGCAGGAGGAUGGGCAAAUUUUAUUUUAGCCAUCUAAAAAGAAAAAGUGGACGAAUACAGGUGCAUCUCAAAAAAUUAGAAUAUCAUAGAAAAGUUUGUCAGUAAUUCAAUUCAAAAAGUGGAAAUAACACAUGAUAUAGAUCCAUUACACACAGAAUGAAGCUAUUCAUGUCUUAAUUUAUUGUUUUAAAUCAUGAUUAUGGCUUACAUUUAUGAAAAGUAUGUCCGUCUAUAUGACUCAAUACAUGGUUCAAGCUAUUUGACUUGAACUACUGGAUAUUGACUUUUCCAUCAUAUUCUAUUGUAUUGAGAUGCACCUGUAUAUGUUAAACAUAUUUGCACCACUUUAUCUUACAAUUAGACAUGUUUUUCUGACAAGAAACUGAAGCAGUUAUAUCCGUUCUAUGCUCUCUCCAAAGCCACCAGACUCCACUGACAAGUCAUUUUACCCUGCUGAACACAGGGAGGUGCU